GCAGAUAUAAUAUAAAAUGUCUAAUGGUUAUGAAGAUCACAUGGCUGAAGAUUGCAGGGAUGAUAUUGGUAGAACAAAUUUAAUUGUGAACUACCUCCCUCAGAACAUGACGCAAGAUGAGUUACGGAGUCUAUUUAGCAGUAUUGGUGAAGUUGAAUCUGCAAAACUUAUUCGGGACAAAGUUGCAGGACACAGCUUAGGCUACGGCUUUGUGAACUACGUAACUGCAAAAGAUGCUGAAAGAGCAAUAAACACACUGAAUGGCCUCAGACUUCAGUCAAAAACUAUCAAGGUUUCAUAUGCACGUCCAAGUUCUGAAGUUAUCAAGGAUGCUAAUUUAUAUAUUAGUGGACUACCAAGGUCAAUGACACAAAAAGAUGUAGAAGAUAUGUUUUCACGUUUUGGACGCAUCAUCAACUCACGUGUGCUUGUGGAUCAAACUACAGGUUUGUCCAGAGGGGUCGCAUUUAUCCGGUUUGACAAAAGGUCAGAAGCAGAAGAGGCAAUUACAAAUUUCAAUGGUCACAAACCCCCAGGUUCCUCCGAACCCAUUACAGUGAAGUUUGCAGCCAAUCCUAACCAGAACAAAAAUGUGGCACUGUUGUCGCAGCUGUGUCAUUCACCAGCUAGACGGUUUGGAGGGCCAGUGCAUCACCAGGCGCAAAGAUUCAGUCUUUCAAAUAUCCUUAAUAAAGCUGAAGGUGUCUGUCAAAAAAAGUUCUCUCCUAUGGGUGUAGAUCACAUGAGUGGGCUUUCUGGUGUAAAUGUUCCAGGAAACGCAUCUUCUGGCUGGUGUAUCUUCAUCUACAACCUUGGUCAAGAUGCUGAUGAGGGAAUCCUCUGGCAGAUGUUUGGCCCCUUUGGUGCGGUUACCAAUGUGAAAGUUAUUCGAGAUUUCAACACCAACAAGUGCAAAGGUUUUGGUUUUGUGACCAUGACAAACUAUGAAGAAGCUGCAAUGGCCAUAGCAAGUCUUAAUGGCUACCGCCUGGGGGACAAAAUCUUACAGGUUUCCUUCAAAACCAACAAGUCCCACAAAUAACUUGCUCGUGCUUUUUGUAUGGAAUAGAUAAUGGAGUGACAGAAGUUGAAACAUUUUUGUUAGUGUAAAACUCAUUUUGCGCCAAUUUUCACAAGUGUUUGUCUUAGUCUAAAUGAGAAGUGAAAAAGGUUUUAUAUUCUGGGAUGCAACUGACAUGUUCAAAUGUUUGAAAUCCCACAAUGUUAGACCAAUUUUAAGUUUCUUUAAGUUAUUUCAUUUAAAACAUGUUAAAAAUCCCCUGAAAUCUUAAGUAGAUUGCAUUAACUAGACCCUCUGGAUGGUGGUAAAAUUGAAGCAUGCUUUCACUUAUGAGACUAACAUUUGUUCCAUCGAAUGUUGUCUGCAAAAACUGGAAUUUUCUGAAAAAUGUCAGGCUGAAUUAAUUAAUUUUGUUGUUUUUUAUGUUGUUGUUUUUCCUCCCCUUUCCCCUGACCUUAUCUACCCCAUACCCGGUAGUAUGGAAGAAAAGUUGAGAAAUACUAAUGUUUUAGUUGACAGUAAAUUGUUUGAUCAUUUAAUAUUCAUUACUACGUAUAUAGUUGAGGAUUAGGCUUUUUAAAGUCAAGGUCUUGUAAGUAGUAGCAUGCCAGCAUAACUUUUAACACCAUUGAUGAGGUAAGUUGCACACUGAGCAGUGAUCAAGCUGUCAAAUUCAAAGGUUUUAGAAAUCGUACUUUUAAAGCCCACUUUCUAAUAGGAAUGGACCAAAGAGUUUCGAAGAAACUCCGGGAAGAUUUCAGAGUCAAAAUGAAACUCCAAAAAGAAAGUGUGAAUAUAUGUUGCUACUUUAUCAAACUGAAUCUCUUCUGUCCAAAUACUUAAUGCAUGGUGCACUACUUACUGGUUCAUUAUAAUGCAGCAAGAUACUUACUCAUGUUCAAAGAUCAUUGUAGUUUGAAUUCCUUUGGUAGUUCUAUUUUAUAAAGAAAAAAACAGUUAUAAACAUUUGAGCAUUGUAUUUCUCGCAUCCCUUCUAAUGAGUGCUAGAUUUUUCUAUUUUAAUAGAAUUUUGUUUUGACAACUAGCUUUACUUAUUGAACACUCAGCAGAAAAGUACUUACUACUUGCAAGUUAGAUAUUAACAAAAAAACCCUUUGAUUUGUAGAUUUAAAGAUUAAUCCCCCGAGUUUUCUGCAGACUGCCUUGAAACUUUGAGUUGUUCUGUUUCUGUUAAUUUUCUUUUGCUUUUUUGUGUUUUUUGUUUGUUUUUACUUUUGCAUUUAAGAACAUUAAAUUUGAUUUUGUUUUGC